AGAAAGAGUGUGAGUGAGUGAGAGAGAGGAGAGGAGGAGGAGGAGGGAGAAGGGAACAACCUACCAUCUUAACACACUAAUAUCUAAAAAGUGCGAGAGGCCCAGAGCAGCAGCAGAAGCAGCAGCAGCAGCUCCAGCCUCUUCCCUCCCUCCCCAUGAAGAAGAGUUCCCUCCUCCUCCUCCUCCUGCUUCUCCUGCUCAGAGUUCCUGCCUCCAGCUGCCAGGGGGGACAGCCAGCCAGCAGCAGGAGGGGGACUAGGGAGCUGAAGGAGAGCCAGCGUCUCCAGAAUUGGACUUCUCAGAACCUUUAAUAUGCUAAUGUGCAUUGUGAAUCUCCAAGAUGGGGAUAUGAUUUGCAGCAUUCUUGAAUCCUUCUAAUGACAGGGAGCCCACUACCUCAUAAGCUGCAGCAACAAGAGGAGCUUGUAAUUUUAAACGGAGGCUGAAGACACUGUAGAAUUAGCAGACAUAAGAAAGCGAGGAGAAGGCAGAGGAUGGAGUUGCAGACUCUACAGGAAGCUCUUAAAGUGGAAAUUCAGGUUCACCAGAAACUGGUUGCUCAAAUGAAGCAGGAUCCACAGAAUGCUGACUUAAAGAAACAGCUUCAUGAACUCCAAGCCAAAAUCACAGCUUUGAGUGAGAAACAGAAAAGAGUAGUUGAACAGCUUCGGAAGAACCUGAUAGUCAAGCAAGAGCAGCCGGACAAGUUCCAGAUACAGCCAUUGUCACAGUCUGAAAACAAACUGCAAACAGCACAGCAGCAGCCACUACAGCCCCUGCAGCAGCAACAACAGCAGCAGCAACAGCAGCAACAACAACAGCAGCAGCAGCACGCCCAGCAGUCAGCAGCACCGCCUAGUCUGACUGCAUCACAGACUGUAACUACAGCUUCUAUGAUUACCACAAAGACACUACCUCUCGUCUUGAAAGCAGCAACUGCGACCAUGCCUGCCUCUGUUGUGGGCCAGAGACCUACCAUUGCUAUGGUGACCGCCAUCAACAGCCAGAAGGCUGUGCUCAGCACUGAUGUGCAGAACACACCAGUCAACCUCCAGACGUCUAGUAAGGUCACUGGGCCUGGGGCAGAGGCUGUCCAAAUUGUGGCAAAAAACACAGUCACUCUGCAGGUUCAAGCAACACCUCCUCAGCCCAUCAAAGUACCACAGUUUAUCCCUCCUCCUAGACUCACUCCACGUCCAAACUUUCUUCCACAGGUUCGACCCAAGCCUGUGGCCCAGAAUAACAUUCCUAUCGCUCCAGCGCCUCCUCCCAUGCUUGCAGCUCCUCAGCUUAUCCAGAGGCCUGUCAUGCUGACCAAGUUUACACCCACAACCCUCCCCACAUCCCAGAAUUCCAUCCACCCUGUCCGUGUUGUCAAUGGACAAACCGCAACCAUAGCCAAAACGUUCCCUAUGGCCCAGCUCACCAGCAUUGUCAUAGCUACUCCAGGGACCAGACUCGCUGGACCUCAGACUGUACAGCUUAGCAAACCAAGCCUGGAGAAACAGACAGUUAAAUCCCACACAGAAACAGAGGAGAAACAGGCAGAGAGCCGUACCGUCACCCCGCCUGCUGCACCAAAACCAAAACGAGAAGAGAACCCUCAGAAACUUGCCUUCAUGGUGUCUCUAGGGUUGGUAACACAUGACCAUCUAGAAGAAAUCCAAAGCAAGAGGCAGGAGCGAAAGAGAAGAACAACAGCAAAUCCAGUGUACAGUGGGGCCGUCUUUGAGCCAGAGCGUAAGAAGAGUGCGGUCACUUACCUUAACAGCACAAUGCAUCCUGGGACGCGGAAGAGAGGUCGUCCUCCAAAAUACAAUGCAGUGCUGGGGUUUGGAGCCCUUACCCCAACAUCCCCCCAAUCCAGUCAUCCCGACUCCCCUGAAAAUGAAAAGACAGAGACCACAUUCACUUUCCCUGCACCUGUUCAGCCUGUGUCUUUGCCCAGCCCCACCUCCACAGACGGUGAUAUCCAUGAGGAUUUUUGCAGUGUUUGCAGAAAGAGUGGCCAGUUGCUGAUGUGUGACACGUGUUCCCGUGUGUAUCAUCUGGACUGCUUAGAGCCGCCCCUGAAAACAAUUCCCAAGGGCAUGUGGAUCUGUCCCAGAUGUCAGGACCAGAUGCUGAAGAAGGAAGAAGCAAUUCCAUGGCCUGGAACCUUAGCCAUUGUUCAUUCCUACAUCGCCUACAAAGCAGCAAAAGAAGAGGAAAAACAGAAGCUACUUAAGUGGAGUUCAGACUUAAAACAGGAGCGGGAACAACUGGAGCAGAAGGUGAAAGAGCUCAGCAGUUCCAUAAGUAAAUGCAUGGAGAUGAAGAACGCCAUCCUGGCACGGCAGAAGGAGAUGCGCAGCUCCCUGGACAAGGUGAAACAGCUUAUCCGCCUCAUCCACGGCAUCGACCUCUCCAAACCUGUAGACUCUGAGGCCACUGUGGGGGCCCUCUCCAAUGGCCCAGACUGCACCCCCCCUGCCAACGCCACCUCCACACCCGCCCCUUCCCCCUCCUCGCAGAGCUGUACAGCGAACUGUAACCAGGGGGAAGAGACUAAAUAACAGAGCCCUCGAAGAGAUGCCACAGUCCUGGUGGCGAGGAGACUCUAGAAGAGCAAAGCCGGAUUUCUUCUGGAAAGUACAGAGUUCUUUUGGUUCUUUGGUUCCAGAGAGAGAGAAGAUGCUUGUGCCAGGUGGCACCCGAGUUUGCCAAUUGAUUCUUGUUCUUCUGUGUGUACAUGCAGAGACUGGACCACGUUACAUGAAGUAGUGCCAGCUGGAGGUUCUUAGCCAGCGCCAUGCCAAGUGACAUACUAUAUUACUCUCUCUAUUAUACACCAGUGUGUGCCUGCAGCAGCCUCCACAGCCACGGUGGGUUCGUUUUGUUUUGUUGGGUGGGGAGCAGGGAUGGGCAGAGGGAGGAGAGCAGGUUUCAGAUCCUUACUGGGAGCCGUUUGUUUAGGUAGAAAAGACAAGUCCAAAGAGUGUGUGGGCUUUCCUGUUCCUAAACGUUUCACUACCAUAAAACCAAAAAAUGAAAAAAAAAGAAGAAAAAAAGAAAAAAAAGGAAAUAGAGAUUUAACUAACCCAGUGCCCAGAAGAGGGACGGGAAGGGCUGGGAGGGGCAAGGGUGGGAAAGUAUAUGACAUAAGCAGUAUUUAACUCCUGGAGGGGCCUAGUGCAAGAGGAGAGCCCGGCCCCUCUCCAGCUCGCCCCGCCCACAGCCUCCUGCAGCCCCUCCCCCCUGCUUGGUGUAGUGCACAGCCCAGGUGGUUCCCACCUUGCUAAGCAGGGAAGGGAGGGUUCAGUGAGAGUGGUAAGGAGGGAGAAAGGCAGAUCAGAGGUUUUACUUGAAAACAAGCUCCACCCCUUUUCUAUAUUUAUAAGAAGAGAAGGUUCUGAGCAGAGAGCACGACCCAGGUGUGUGUGAAUGGAGACGACCCUUUUCUCUUCUUCAAGUUUAUUUUUGUUUCUGUUCUUGUUUUGUUUAAAGAAAGUUUUGUUUUGUUGUUUAUUUUACCUUUUUUUUUUUUGUAACAAGAACUAAAAUAAAGAAUAGAAAGGCUGUUUUUUCAGGCUGACGGUCCUGUUGAGGGUAGCGAGACCUUGCAUGAUAGAGUAGGCGUCAUAGUGUCAAGUGAGGUCGGUGAGUCUGUGUGCGUUCUGUGUCAUCAGUCAGGCACUGUUCUGGUUUGUUUCAUUUUUUUAUUUUCUGGUUUUGUUUUCUGGUUCUGAUUUUUUUGUUUUUUCAUGCAAGGGCAAAAAAAAAAAAUCUUUGUACCUGGGGAAAACAACAACUUUUUUUUUUUAAUUAAAAAGGAAAAUAAAAGAUAUUGAGGUCUUCCUAGUGUUACUUAAAUUAAGAUCAAGGUAAGAAACAUUGUAAAAAUUACAAAAGUGCUAUUUGUUUCCUAAAAACAGUGAUUUCUAUUAAAAAAGGUGUCAGAACUGGAGAAAA